CCGACCGCGACCCUCCCGAUCACAGCCCCCGCAGCGACCGGGCCCCGAGAAUCUACACCAGGACGGGGGACGCAGGCUUCUCCAGCACCUUCACCGGGGAGCGGAGGCCGAAGGGUGACCGGAUCUUCGAAGCCCUGGGAGCCACAGACGAACUGAGCUCGGCCAUCGGGCUCGCUGGUGAAUUUAGCAGUGAAAAGGGCCACGUGUUUGUUGAUCAACUUCACAAAGUCCAGUGCAUGCUGCAGGAUGUGGGUUCCAACAUCGCGACGCCUCUCUCCUCAGCCAGGGAAGCUCACUUAAAACGAACAUCUUUUAGUGAGAAGCCAGUUGUGGAGCUGGAGCAGUGGAUUGACAGUUACACCCAGCAGCUUCCUCCGCUCCGAGCUUUCAUCUUGCCUUCAGGAGGCAAAAGCAGCGCCGCUCUGCACUUCUCCAGAGCUGUCUGCCGCAGAGCUGAAAGGUGCGUGGUUCCUUUGGUACAAGCAGGGGAAGCAGAUCCAAAUGUGGCCAAGUAUUUAAACAGGCUGAGCGACUACCUCUUCGUUUUGGCACGUUACGCUGCGAUGAAGGAAGGGAAGGAAGAGAAAAUAUACAUAAAACCCGAACCGUAA